UAUUGCCUCUUGUUGUAGACAUUGCUCUCACCCCUCUCUCUCUCUCUCUCUCUCUCUCCUUCACUCACUCUGUCUCUCUCUAUUUUGGUGCAAAGAAUUCAUAUAAGAGGCAGAUAAUUUUACCAAUUUCCAACAGUCUUUGCUUGCCUCUCUUAGUGUUUAGUUCGAUCAAAGAAAAUUCAUACAAAUGGGUGUCAUAUACAAGAUACUAAAACAGCAACGGCAGCAGCAGCAGCAGCAACAACAACUACAACAACAACAACAACAACAGCAGCAACAUCAACUACAGCAAGAGCAAAUAUUUCGCAAAAAUUUAAAUAUGGAUAUAAAUUUAAGUUCGAGUACAAAAUGCAAAGUUCAAGCAGCCAUCAAACAGAGACAGCAACAGAAACAUGAAUAUCUAAAACGAGAACAAUAUCAAAUGCUAGACGAGUCACAGGAACAGGAACAAGAAAAGGACAACGAGGAGCACGAUGAUCACGAACAGGAUAAGAUGGCAGAACAACAAUUGCAGCAGCUUUGUCGAUUUCUAGCUGAAAAUGCGGCACGUAAAAAGCGUCAACGCUUGAAAUUGCAAUAUCACCAAUUGGAUUUACCCUUGCAACAAGAUCAAGAACAACUGCGACCGCUUUCUCAAUUGCCACAUGGUGUUAACGAUAACGAUAUGGAUUUAGAUCUGAUCGAUAUUGAUCAGUUGCAGCACGCCAAGAACCCAUCAGCUCCAAGAGAUAGUAUUCUAUUGAAAAUUCGUCAUCAGAUCUUUGAGCGCAAACGACGACGUCAACGGCAAUUGGCCGAGCUAGUGCAGCAGAGAUUGGUAGUCUGGCGACCUUGGUAGAGGAGAUGAACCAGAUGCAUGUCCAGGAGCAGAAGCAGAGUGAUCCACUCAUUUGAAACUAGUCUUAGUAAUGUUUAGCUCGAUAAGAACACGCUGUAUUAUUCCUUUUUUAUUGCUAUGUGAUCUUCACAGUGGCCGCUCUUCCAUUUGGCUUUGACAAACAAACAAAAAACAAAGCAAAACCAAUUAUAUUUUAUAUGUAUGUAUAAUUUCUUUUUUUUUUUUGUUUUUCUGUAAUAAGA